GGGCGGAGCAGUAAGCAUGCGCUGAGGUGGCAGGCUCUGGGCUGGUCCUGACGGGCUGGCUGGCUGCUGGGCUCCGGGCGGAUGUCUGUGUGCGUCAGACGGCGGUGGGGGAGAACUACCAUCAACACGCAGCGUCUCCGAAGGAAAACACGCAGAGGAGACGCGGAGCGCUAAAAAAGAAAACCAACCGGAGCUAACGCUGGCAUCUGGAAAAGCACCGACGAGAGAAGGGAGACGAUCCUCCCACAUCCAGCCCCACACCCCGUCGCCAACCCGCCCCGUCUUUUUCCUCUCGACCACUUCGUGCCAUCCCUCUGGUCCGACCACCCCAUAGGAAACCCCCCAUUAGACAGUAGACCAGCGUUGCCAUUAAGCGAUGCGCUUUGAAUUUGGGAAGAAAUCCUCUCUGCGCUUUUUGAUGCACAGCACAACCAGUGCUCUUCAUUUCCAGGCUAUGGAUUCGGGUGUUUACACUUUUCGGAUGGGUUUCCAGCUGUAAUAUAACAUGCAAAACAUCACCCUGUCAUUCCAUAGCUUGGCUGGAAUUUAAACAACCGGCUGUCACAUACGCCGGGGUGAACUCCUAUGUGAUUUUUUUUUUCUCUCUCUCAAGCUUGAAAACAACUCCGACAAUGGUCAUAGAACAGACCGCCACAUUAAACACUUAGUAAUAAUCUCUAAAAACCUGUCAGCUGGAUAUUUCGAUCCCACCGAGAAGAAAGAAAGAAAAAAAAAGCGACAGAACUGACGAGGAGUUUGAUCCUGUAAGGACUUCGGGAAGUUCUUGCUCCGGAGGAAAGACGUGGAUUGGACCGGAGACAUCUCGGCCAUAUCCACGGCAUUUUCGCUGUAAAGUUGGGAGGUCAGCGGGUUGCAGCCAUGCUGUCGCUGGACGAGCCCCUGGACCUGAAACUACCUCGGAGGGCAAACGGGAAGGACAGGGGAACCCGCUCUCCUCUUCUCUCACCGCUGCAUCCCAAGCGGGUUCGCCAGCUGCAUAUGACGGAUGAUGGGACAGCAAUUAUAGAGCCCGCUUCACCUGCAUCUCCACACUCAGGUGUGCAGGUGGUCCCUUACGACCGGACCGACACCCCGACGCCCCCCGCGGUGGACCUGAGCAUGUCUCCCUCCUCCCGACACACCCCCAGCUCUCCAGAAAUAAGCAACGGCAGUUACGUUCCCUCAGGCAAUUCUCACAUCUCGCAGGCGUUUCAAUUCUUUGUGCCAAUUGGUCCUGGAGCAGGACUUCACCUGCCAUCCUCUAUGUUCAUUGGCCAAACGAGUGACAAGCGGGCUUCUCCUGACCUUUCAGCGGAUGAACAACUUGCAUGUCGCUGGAAAAAGUGCCACCUGCUCUUUGACUCCCUACAAGACCUUGUGGACCAUGUCAACGACUUCCAUGUGAAACCUGAGAAGGAUUCUGGGUACUGCUGCCACUGGGAGGGCUGUGCUCGCAAAGGAAGAGGGUUUAAUGCCAGGUACAAAAUGCUCAUUCACAUACGCACUCACACCAAUGAGAAACCACACCGUUGUCCCACCUGUAACAAGAGCUUCUCACGCCUGGAGAACCUCAAGAUACACAACCGCUCACAUACAGGUGAAAAGCCCUACAUUUGUCCUUACGAGGGUUGCAACAAGCGCUACUCCAACUCCAGCGACCGCUUCAAGCAUACACGCACACAUUACGUAGACAAGCCCUACUACUGUAAGAUGGUGGGCUGCUUGAAGCGCUACACAGAUCCCAGCUCGCUGCGGAAGCACAUCAAAGCUCAUGGCCACUUUGUGGCUCAGGAGCAGGGCCCCCCAAGCGGCGUAGGCUCUCUGCUGAAGGGAAGUCAGAGCGGAGGACCUUCUGGCGCUGGCAGUAAGGAUUCAGAAUUGCCCUACGUCAGCGGAGCUCACAUCAUCAUCCCCGGAGCAGCUGCCGCUCUGCUGGGAGGCCACACCUUGCAGGGCGUAGGCGGUAGCCUUCCCUUGUCCCCUCUUAGCCCAAGACCCCUGGACCUCACCACGCUGGGGAGCCCCAAUUCGUCUCCAGCCAGCCUAGGAGGCACAUCCAUCUUGUCCUUUAACGGCUCCCCACUGGGCCUGGCUAAGGCCCCUUUACUUUCCUCUGCCUUCCCUUCCUCGGCCCUUGGCCUGCCAAUGGUUCCGGUGCUGGGCCCCACUUCAGAGCGCCGGCCCCACAGCCACCAGGCAAAGAGGGGCAGAGGAGAUGAAGCAGAGGAUGAGAUGGCUGGGAGGGUCCUAAACCUCUCCACAGGUGGGUCUCAUGAUCCCCUAUCCUGGGUGGUCAUUCCCCCCGGCGCUGUGGUGCUCAAGCCAGCUGUGGUUAACUGAUACAAACACACACACGCAGACACACACACUCUAUCUCACACACACAUUCCAGAAGAGCUCAGGGGGUUGAUGCCAUAGCGAGGGUGUGGGAUGUCAAAGGUGACAUGGAUUGGCUUGAACAAUCAAUUCCAGGCAAUGCAUUAAAAGGUAGGAGUUUGGAAAAACACACACAUCACCUCACAUGAUUUAAGAAUACAAUGCAAGCCUCUUGUAUUGUUGAAGAACUAAACUUGAGGCCCAAGAUCUGUGUUCAGGAAUAUGUACAUUCCUGGAUUUGUAUCACAAAGCCUUAAAACAAGGCUCCUCUUUGCUUUCUUAUAUUAUACUUUACUCAUUCUGGCUGGUUCUGUGGAAAGGGACAGUAAACAUGACAGUCUUAGUGCCAUGUGUUUUUAAAAAAUGUCCUUCUUCAUCAUUGAGUAUUUAUAUGACUGUACUUUGACAGAGUGCCUCCAGCUUAGUGCUGAGGUACGGUGGCUCGCAAACAAUAUUCACACCCUUUGAGGUUUCACACAUUUUGCAACAAUACAACUACUCCCAGGCAUUAAGCAGUUCAGAUUUACACAAAAGUAACCAUGUUGCAGAUGAAAAACUAAAAGUGUGUAUUUCUAUUCAGCCCCGUUUACUUUGAUUUUCCAGUGCAACCAAGUACAGCAGUAUAAACACAGCUGUUCUGUGGAGGCCUUCUAGGCCUGUUGGAGAACAUUAGCAGAGUUUUACGAAGUCCAACUAGCACAAGACUGAGAUAAGGAAGGCACAAUGUAUUACUAUGCAAUAAAUUGCGUUGGUUUCCAUGAAAAAAAUAAUAAAGUUUUGUUGUUUAAAAAGGCAAAAUGUUAAGAAGCUUAAGGGGUUUGAAUGCAUUUUGCAAGGCACUGCAGACACCACAAAAGGAAGCACUCAUAUACACACACACACACGCAUGUAAUAGAAAGAUGUUUCAAAUGUUGUGAACAUUUGAAACAUAAAUUUGACAAACUUGCCGAACCAAAGCAAGUGAACUUAUUUCGUCUUAUACUUCAUUUAAACAGAGCGCUUAACAGUGUCGACUUAUAGUAUUGAAACCUCAGAACUGCUGCUAAAUUUUCCUGCUCCUCCUGCUUCAUAAACUGGGCGAGAGCACUUUUGACAAUCCGUCCCCGGUCAUGUGGAGGGGUGAUGAACACAGACCAGACCGGGGGCCGAACGAACAGACAAACGGUGGGUUAGCCACCUUGCAAUGACCAACCAUUACUUCCUCUCUUUUUUCACAAGUGAAACUUAAGGCACUGGUGUGUCUGACUCCCCCUACUGGCGGGACGUGUCACAACAACCUCCCGACUCACAAAAACCAGCACUGUUCAGCUCCUGGAUUGUCCAGCUGCUUUACUGUAAUUCAAUCAACGGGGCCGGGUUGUGUAUAAAAGGCCCUCAGUGGUGACAAACACUACAGUCCUGUAUUCUUUAAGCUAAAAAGACCCCAAACCAGCUGUGAAAAACAGGUGGUGGGCCUAGCUACAUGAGAUUCGACCCCAAUAAGCUUCAGCUGUGAAGAAAAAAAAAAAAAAAUUAAAAUACCAACAAAGAGGGAAUGUUCACGUUGUUCCACAGCGGGAGAUGGGAUACACUCAGUGCUGCUUACAGCUGGACUGACUAGGACGCCACACUAUCCCAAACUGCCUCAUUUCAGUCUGUCCGAAGGGGCAAACAUCAUGUAAAAAAAAAAAAAAAAAAUUCUGGGAAACACGUCAUGGUUCGAUUAAGCAGUAAACAUGCACUUACUAAAAACUACCCUGUUUUCUAAGAUGUUGUAUUUAAAGAAAAUAGCUCUUAUUUCAGUCCCCUUACAAAAUCCAGCUUUUUGUUGGGCGUUUCGUCAGACUUGUGUUGCUCAUGCAGCUAUAGGGUUGAAAGAGGAUGGGGAGCAGGAGAGGAUCCUUAAAACUCAACAGACUGACAUCUCUCCUCGCACUUCGCCACUCCUCCGUCUCUUUCGUCGAUGUUUGAUGACGUUGGCUGUUUUUGAGUGUAAUUUUUCAUUUUCAAAACUUAGGAGCAAAAGUUUUCAAUUUGAGAGCAAGACAUUUUAUUCUGUUGCGCUCCCCUGCAUAACUCUGCUCUCACAAAAAAAAAAACUUGUUUGCUUAAUAAAUACUCUACUCUUGCAUCAAAUCUUCUUUUUGCAAUCAGAUUUGAUGCCUCUCGCACAAAUAUCUUACGCUCUAUUUACACCUAAAGGCCAGUGAUGUCAAAGUCUCACUUGUGAUUCUAUUGACUGUAAAUGCUACCAACACUUUGUUCCAAGUGAAAGCAAAGAAAAUCUAAAAGGUUUUUAAAGCAUGAGGUGUAGGCUUCAAACAGGAGCAGAAGAUAGUUGUGCAAAAGGGAGGAAGCAGAUUAUGCAAAAGCUUUUUUGUGCAGCAGAAUAUAUUUGUAAGCAGACGUGAUUAUUUUCAAGUGCAGGAACAGAAUAUUUAAUCAGGGCAGCACAUUAUCCGAAAUCAACAAAUUCUGCUCCUAAAAUGAAAAUAGUAUGCUAAUUUUUUUUUGGCAUACUAUUUGGUUAAUCAUGUUGUAAGCGGACAUGGUUAUUUUCAAGUGCAGGAGCAGGGCAUUAAAUCAGGGCAGCACAUUAUCCAAAAUCGAGAAAUUCUGCUCUUAAAUUGAAAAUAGUAUGCUCAUAUUUUUUUUUUUUGUGGCAAAAAUCCCCUUGUAACUGUUUUAUUUACUUGUUUCUAUUUUAUAUUUUUGCCAUUACUAUGAUUUUUAAUUUUUUUUAUUUGCAGAUGUUCAGACGAGACAUUUUCUUUGUGAUGUUGAAGUUGCCUCUUGUGUUCUGCCAUGGCUGCUCUACAAUCAGGUUUCUGCUGCCGGGGAUGAGUUUGCGAAGGGAUUGAAGUUGGGGGAAAAACUUUUUUUUAAACUUGUGGAAGUUUAGUUCUCAGUUUUGUCAUUGCAAGAGCCACAAGGACACUUUUUUUUUUUUUUUUUUUUUUUACAAACGGAGGGUCAACUCUUUCGACUGAUUGGCAGCUUGAGAGGAAAGAGAAAGGGUUAUUAGGAUGAGAGAAUGGACAGGGGAGCGAUUAGGCUGGAGGCUGCGUGCCAGUAGAGGGAAAAAAAAAAAAAAAAGCAGCAACUUGCAGCCGCCCUGGGCUGCCGCUCUCCAUCUGGCCACCCACCCACCAAACGGCCCUCUCAGCUCU